GACGCCGUCACGAACGAAGAUCGUUUCACCGUCGAGCUCGAGUUCGUGCAAUCGCUCGCCAAUCCGCGCUACGUCCACUUCUUAGCCUCAAAGGGCGUCCUCAGGGAUGACAGAUUCAUCGCGUAUCUCCGCUAUCUGCGCUACUGGGAGCGCCCGGAGUACGCGAAAUUCAUCCUCUACCCCCACUGCCUGCGGUUUCGAAGGCUCCUGCUCGACGACGCCUUCCGCGUCGCGAUGGAGAACCCGCGAAACGCCGAGCGCGCGUUCAAGGCGCAGUUUGAACGCUGG